AUGACCGGAAAGUUGUACGGAAACAAAAACAACUUCAGAACCCAAAAGGUUUUGAUUGCCGCCAAGCUUGGAAACAAGACCGUCGAUCUUGCUGGAGAAAUCGCCCCUGUCGACAAGUUCCCUCUCGGCGUUACGCCAGCAUAUGAAGGAGAUGCACUUCUUUUUGGAGCCGAGUCUAUUGCUCUUCAUCUCUCUGGUGCAAACUCUAGCAAGAACCUUCCUGAAGUGAUCCAAUGGCUUCAGUUUGCCGAGGGAACCCUUCUCCCAGCUGUUUUGGGAUACGUCCUUCCAUCCGUCUCUGCUGCUAAUCUUGACAAGAAGACCGUUGAGCAAUACAAGAACGAGCUCUUUGCUCAGCUUCAAGUUCUUGAUAAGAUUUUGGUCAGCAAAACAUUCCUUGUUGGAGAGCGCCUUAGCUUGGCUGAUAUCUCAGUCGCUCUUGACUUGCUCCCGGCUUUCCAGCAUGUUCUCGAUGAUUCAGCUAGAAAGCAAUUCGUUAACGUCACCCGUUGGUUCAGAACUAUUGUCAAUCAACCACCAGUUCACGAAGUUGUCGGAGACGUAACCCUUGCAUCUUCAGUCGCACAGUUCAACCAGGCCACAUUCAAGGAGCUUUCCUCGAAGGUAUCCAAGGCUGCCAAGCCAGCUGCUCCGAAGGCUGAAAAGCCAAAGAAGGAAGCUAAGCCCGCUGCCGAUGAGGAAGACGAUGGAGUCCCACGUGAAGAAAAGUCGGUCGAUCCAUUUGCCAGCAUGCCAAAAGGAACUUUCAACAUGGACAACUUCAAGAGAGUGUACUCAAAUGAAGACACUGCCACGAAGGCCAUUCCAUUUUUCUGGGAGAAUUUCGACGCAGAAAACUACUCUAUUUGGAAAGCUGAAUACAAAUACCCAGAAGACCUCACUCUAGGAUUCAUGAGCUGCAAUUUGAUCUCUGGAAUGUUCCAGCGUCUGGAGAAGUUGAAGAAGAACGCCUUCGCCUCGGUUUGUCUCUUCGGCACUGACAACAACUCUACAAUUUCCGGAAUCUGGGUUUGGAGAGGACAAGAGUUGGUUUUCCCACUUUCUGCUGAUUGGCAGGUCGACUACGAAUCUUACGAUUGGAAGAAACUCGAUCCUAAAGACGAGGCCACCAAGAAGGAGGUUAAUGAGUACCUUCUUUGGGAAGGAGAUUUCGGAGGAAAGAAAUUCAACCAAGGAAAGAUUUUCAAGUAA